AUGAAGAUCCUUUACCUGCUCUUUUCUCUCCUCUUCUUGGCACUCCAGGUUUCUCCAGGUUUGUCUUCACCCCGGCGGGAAAUGUUUCUCUGUAGAAAAGGGUCCUGUCACUUUGGAAGGUGUCCCAUCCACCUGAUUAGAGUUGGAAGUUGCUUUGGGUUCCGCUCCUGCUGCAAAUCGCCAUGGUAUGUAGAAAAACUUCAUGGACUGUCCAUUCAAGAGUGA